AUGUGCAGCGCUCCACCUCAUCAGUGGCGCUGGCAAACACCGUCAGAACACUUUAAACGCGGUCAGAGCGAGGCACACUGCGACGCAAUAUUUACGCCUCCCACACAUUGGCGCACUUAUGUGAAUGUGGCUUUGCGGUGUCAAAAUACGCAGCAGCAGCUGCUUCCUAAAUUCGGAUGCACUGUGGCGGCGGUCGCCGUUGCGCACGUCAUCACUGUCCCUGUGAGAAUGGCAGUUGCGGCCCCACUGCUGCGGUGCAGCAUCAAACCCCCAAGCUGCAACCUCAUCACUUAUUCCUGCUCCGUCGUGAAGGCGUGCGACAGGCACGCCUGUACCACCGUAUCAGUCACAUAA